UAUUUGUGUUUUGUUUAUGAUUUCUUGCAGACAAUCUUGGUCGGGGACAGCGGCGUAGGGAAGACCUCUCUUCUGGUUCAGUUUGACCAGGGCAAAUUCAUCCCAGGCUCCUUUUCUGCCACAGUUGGAAUUGGAUUCACGAAUAAAGAGGUAACUGUUGACAACGUAAAAGUCAAACUACAGAUUUGGGACACAGCAGGACAGGAACGCUUCAGAAGUGUGACUCACGCAUAUUACAGAGACGCACAUGCUUUGCUGCUUCUGUAUGACAUCACCAACAAAUCGUCGUUCGACAACAUCAGGGCGUGGUUAACAGAAAUCCAUGAGUAUGCACAGACCGACGUAGUCAUCAUGUUGCUGGGCAACAAGGCCGAUAUGAGCGGCGAACGAGCGAUCAGGAGAGACGAAGGAGAGAGGCUGGCCAGAGAGUAUUCGGUCCCUUUCAUGGAGACGAGCGCCAAGACGGGAGUCAACGUAGAGCUCGCCUUCACAGCCGUAGCCAAGGAGCUGAAGCACCGGGCCAUCCAGCACCCCAAUGAGCCCAAGUUCCAAAUUCACGAAUACAUCGAGUCACAGAAGGAGAAGUCCGGCUGCUGCAGCUACUUCUGAGUCUCACCUCCAACCACAGGCUGUCACAGGGUACGCAGAGAGCCGCUGAGUGGGAGGAACCUCCCUGCCGCUCCCAAAAUUUUUCGCUGCCAUUCAUGGGAUAUAAAAAUUCACAAGUACGUCCUUGGAAGAGUCGAGUCGAGGAGAACAUGGAGCCAGGUAUCAACGUGGACGAUCCACAGUUUACCUUCUGCCAAGAAGAGAUUCUCCAAACUCUCUUGUCAUCAGAAGCUCACGCUUCGCGAUGUGCAAACCGCAUUUUUAAUCUAAGGGAAUAUUGCCUUAUGAGUUUCUGUACUUAGCUAGCGGCGGACUUUCAGAGCGUGAGCACAACUUUAGCCAAAUUGUUGAAGAUAUGCCUUUAAGCAGCUGCAAAACUCACAUCGUGUGCAAUGCUAUGCAAAAGUAUCUGUACCCCCUUACAGCCAAAAUCGUCUGUGUAUUUUAUUCACGCUUUUGGUGGCAGACCAACACAAGACGUACUUAAUUGCCAUACGGAGGAAAAAUAAUGAAACCUUUACUAGUAAAAAUCCAAAAAGUCUUGAAAGUGUGCACUGGGCUUUGACUGGGCCACUCUAACACAUAAAUAUCAUGUGUUUAGAGUUAUUCUCCUGGUUGAUGGUGAAACAUUGGGGUGGUUUCUGAAGGCAGUUGAUUACAUUGAAAUUUUUAGUCACAACAGAGUAAAGGGGUCCAAGUUCAAAUGUGCGGCAUACUUUUCAGAUUUUUUUUUUUUUUUAUAUGCAUUGAUUUUCUUCCGCUUUGCAAUUUCUUGCUUGUUUUAUUUGACUCACUGCAUAAAGUCAAAGAUGAAACAUGAAAAUGAAACUUUAGGCACAGCAUUUUCUGCUGGGAGGAUGUACAGUAACGCCAGCCUGUGUGGAUAUCCUCCCAUGAAUACCAUAAUAACUGAGUCAUAGACUAAAGUCUAGCCUCCAGCUUACCAAAUAAGUUCCUUUUAUUGAGAAGCCAUGAAACAAACGACACUUAAUUUGUAUGUACUUGCAGAUUAUUGUGAUGCUAAUAUUACCAUGGAUUACCAUGGGUUAGACAUUUGUAACAUAGCCGGUUUACAGGCAUCUUGCUUUUUGACGGUUCUCUGCGUGGACAAUAUUUUGGUGUGUUUUUGUUUCGCUGUUGUUUCAAAUGCAGCUAAUUGCGUCGCAGGACGCUGUCAGCGAGACUCUUUUUGCCAACUUAAUGUUAUUUUGCGUGUGUUGAAAAAUGCAAAUAUGCUAAAAAAAAAAACAUCGAGACAAACCAGCUUCUUACUACGAAUGUAAGACACAAAGAAAUGAAAUCUCAAGACAGGGACACGGUAAAUGUGUAAAAUGUUUGCAGAAAUCAUUUAUGAACAUAAAUGUAAAGAAAUAUAUAUAUCCUAUUGAAUUCAAAGAAGUUAAAUGAUCUAAUUGAAGUUUUUCUUUCUUUUUUUAUUCWUAUCAAUGUGUUAUUUAAAUCCAUUUGGUUGCAAAGACAUUAGUUUCCUAAAACCAGCUGGAAGAGCRGAGGAAAUAUGGGAUUGCACUGCUGCAUAAAAAUUCAAACUAAUGAGCCAAAACACUCYGGGCUCUUUACAUCCAUCAGCUACUGGAAUUUAUUUUGAGUCUCCUUCUGUAUAUACUGUACUUAUUUGUUCUAGAAAUGCAGCAGACGUUCUUCUAAAAAUGCACUGACGCUUACAUUGAACUUGCUCAAAGCUCAUGCAUUUUACUUUUAUUGCUAAUUUUGAGGUUUGGUUCUUUUUGCAUGUAAUCCUGGAUUGCAUGUGCCUUAUCUGUGAAGGUUCCACUUAGAAAUAUAUCUAAGCCAAAUUCUUUUAAGCUGGAAAUAAGAAAAAGAUUUCGAGUCAAAGCUCAGGUUAAAGUCGUGUUGCAAAGUGCAUCGUUUAAUUAUAAUUACGCACAGACACAGUAAGAAGAAUGCUGUUACUAAUGCAGAGAUGUUAAGCAACCUAACCAACUUUUGCAUUUUCUAAUUAGCUGAAAKAGUUAUCUAUUUGUUUUUGAUAGAACUACCUGUUGGUUUAUUAUGAACCAUUAGAGUCAAAAUAUAUAAUUUUAGCAACUAAACCAAUGAGCUGACACGAGCUAAGCUGCUGCACAAAGAUCUUUGCACCAACCUCAUAUUUUAAUGUGAUGAUUAGUGAAGCCUUAAAUAAACAGUGAUGUCAAAACAGCACCUCUSUGAUAACCGCGUUACAAUGUUUAUGCAAUUUUUUUYCCCCUUCUACGACGAUAUGCAAAUCAAUUCUCUCUGUAUUUCAAAUUAGACAGUGAACGUCUGAAUGCUUCGUGGAUGCUUUAUGAUGGUUUAGCAUGUGUUUAACGUGUCAUUUGCUGAAUUAAAAAGUWAAUAAAUUAUUUUUAACCAAA